AUGGGAAGCUCUUGUACAACUGCUAAGAAAUCUUCUGCUAAAAGUAAUUCUAAAUAAUACAAAUACCAUUCUAAAACUGCUGAUAAAGUUAACAAUCCCAAUACUUAAAAUAUUAAAAAUAACUUAUCUAAGGAUGCUUUGGUUGAGUGCUUCAAUAGUAAAAUUAAGCAUUCAAAGGCUUGCGCAUAAAAUACUACUUGCUGCAAACCUUAUUUAAAUAAUACAAAUAUUAUGUAUACAAGUAAAAACUAACAAAAUAUAUCUAGUUAUGACCAUUAAAUAACUCACAAGGAAAUAUCACCUCAAAGCACCAAUGUUCCUAACAUGCUAUCUUGCAAUACUUCUGUUAAAUUCGAAAGUCCAAAGGCAUUUUCUAACGGAUAAAAGACUUCACCUAAUCUAUCUCGCAGAAAAAUGAGCUACAUUGAAAUGUUUAUUUUGGAAAGAAAGAGAUACAUGCAAGAAAAGGGUGUUUAUAACUAUACUCCAUACACUGUAUUACCAGCUCCUAAGCUUAAAAAACUCCUAAAUAAUCCCUUGUAUCAAAAAAGAAAGUCCUCAUUGGCUCAUAUCCCUUCUGAUGUAUUAAGUAAUGAAGGUAAUUAACCUACUUAACAUAAUUAUUAAAAAUCUACCAAAGGAGAAAGCAUAAAUAGCAUUGGUAGUGAAUUCGGUACUUUCCGCAAAGAAAAUUUACCUGCCUAGAUGCCAAAAGGAGAUUCUGAUGUAAUCAGAAUUGAAAUUUGA